GUUUUAUACUGCACGCGUAAUGUUGGAAGGAAAAUUCGAAGAGGCCUCGUUGCUGAAAAAAGUGAUCGAAUCCAUCAAGGACUCCGUCAAACUCUGUAACUUCAACUGCUCCCAGAGCAAGGGCAUCACGGUCCAGGCGAUCGACGACUCGAGAGUGCUGCUGAUCGCCCUCAAGAUCGACUCGGGCUCGUUCCAGGAGUUCCGCUGCGACAGAGACCUCGUCCUGGGUCUGGACCUGGAGUCGCUGUCCAAAAUCCUCAAACAGGGCAAUAACGAGGACUACCUCACCAUCAUUGCAGAGGACUCACCAGACUCGCUGCUGGUGGUGUUUGAGGACAAGAAAAAGGACAGAAUCUCCGAGUUCUCACUCAAGCUGAUGGACAUCGACUCCGACGUGCUCACCAUCGACGACAUGGAGCACGAUUGCUCGAUCACGAUGCCUGCGUACGAGUUUGCCAAGAUCGCCAGAGACAUGAAGACGCUGAGCGAGUCGCUGCAAAUCAUAAUCACCAAGGACUCGGUCAAGUUCAACGCAGAGGGCCAGAUCGGCUCUGGGUCGAUUAUUUUGAAGCCCCACACAGACAUGGAAAAGCCAGACGAGAGCAUCAAGAUCGAGCUCAACCAGCCGGUCGUCCUCACGUUUGGCGCCAAGUACCUCAACGACAUCGUCAAGGCCACGGCGCUGUCGUCCACCGUCACCAUCAAGCUCACAGACAAGGCCCCAGCUCUGUUUGAGUAUAGACUGCCGAGCGGAUACCUGAGAUACUACUUGGCUCCAAAGUUCGACGACGAAGACUGAUUAGUAGGAUUAUAAUUGAAUUGCUAGCUCUAUCAUUAGUACUCGGACUCGGGCGCGUUCUCCAGCGGUGGCAGAAACGUCGAUCGCACGCUGCUCUUCUCUGUCACAGGCAGUAUCAGCCGGAACGCGUCGUGCUUGUUCAGAUAGUAGCGGAACAGCCGUUUCACGCGUAGAAACCCAAAGUUCUCGUACAACCGCAGCGCGGCUUUGUUCACCACCUCUGUCUCCAAAAUGAUUUCGUCGCAGUGGUAGCUUUCGAUCAUCGAGUCCACGCUCUGCGAGAUUAGCUCCUUGGCGAUUCCGCGGCCACGAUACUCGUUGUCCACCGCCAACAUCCCAAUAUACCCACGUAUCCUGGCGUGUCUGUGCGGCUCGACCUUUGAGAUGAUGCAUCCAAUGACCCUGCCCUUGUGCUUGGCCAUGAUCGUCAGAUUGGGCCAGUUGUUGAGGAAAAACCUGUACACGUAGAUCGAGUACGGCUCGCUCAGAUGCUCGUCCACCAGCCGCCUGACCUGCUCUAUGUUUGCGUCGAUCGUCUCCCGCCCCAAUCUGUCCACAUCCAGACUGAGCGGCUCAUACUCUAUCUCGGACAUAAAUAGUUUAUUUUAUUUAUUUUAUUUUAUUUAUUUCCCCAUUUUACCCUCUCUUCUGACUGAUCGUAUCGCUUAAAGGGCAAAUAUACCCGUCUUUCUGCCCAGCAAUGAAUAUCUCCAUCAUCCAGAACAACAACCCGCUCUCGAUGAUGUCGUCUGUUUACCGGCAGAACCAGUCGCAGGACACAAAUCUGCCCUCUGCGCUGACGAUAUACAAUUCGCUCACGGGGGCCAAAGUGGUGGCCAGUGCGUACCAGUUCCACAACCUGGAGGCUUUGAAACAAUUCAUUGGUAUGUCCUUCAAUGUGGCCACAGAAAACCUGUUUUUGCUCACGCCGUUCGGCAUCAAGCUCAAGUUCUCCAUGAUUGUGCACGAAGAAAUAAGUGAGAUCUACGUGUUUGAUAGGCGCUACUUCAACGUCAAUAACAUUGAGGCCUCGGGCAAUAUGGACAACGUCAACGAUCUGCUUGCGGAACUGAACCAAACAGACUUCAUCAACAUGAUUAAACCGCUAGCUUCGCCCUUGCUGUCCGAGGAGCUGUCGGUGUUUGUGGAGAAGCUGACGCUGGUUCUGGAGAACACGACACAGAUCAAGGCGGUGGAUAUCAACCUGAACAUGCUGCGGAUGCUGCUCAACUCGCUCAAACGCAACUCUGGCUGGGCGUCCGCCCUGCUGUCGGAUUUCAAAAAAACAGUGGCCUUCGACGAGUGCACGCCCGAGGACAACGACCUCGAGACCAUUCUGACGUCGCUGAACGUGCUUAUACAGUACGUGGGACUGGUAUUCAAAACGCUUGAAAAGAAGUUCAACGAUUCCAUCGACGCCCUGGUGCUGCUGCAGUCCAACAGUCUUGUAGACCAAUGGCGGGACCAGUACGCAUUGCUCAAACGCAUACCUUUUGAGUUCAAGAGUGGGUCUUCCAAUGUCCCGGAAAAACUGUUUUUGAGCCAGUUGGUGAACGAGUCGCAUCUCGACAAGUGUGCAGAGGAGUCGCGCAGACUCAACAAAAGCAUGAACGAGAGACUGGUCAUGCUUCGCAGCAAAAUCGAAGCAGACGUCAUCAAGCCCCGCCAGGAGCUUUUACAGGAAUAUAAUGGCUAUAUGUCGCAGUACAUAAGGCCAGAAACGGAUGCCACCCAGAAAACACAGAAAAUACAGGAUUGCAAACGCAUUCUUGCAGAACUGGAAGUGCAUGUCAGCAAGCUAAUCCAGUCUUCUUCUUCCCUGCCUUCUUUUGAGGAAUUAAUCACCACAGCAAGUCAGACGUCCACGACAUUAUCUGCUUCUUCUAUUGCAAACAUCAAAAAGCUUACGCAGCUCUAUAAAUACCAGGAGUCCGAGCUUGUGCCCUAUAUAUUUCAGCUUGCCAACAACUUGUACGACAUACAGAUCAACAAGCUGAAUGCCCGAAAAGAGCUACAAACAAAGCUUAUUUGCUCUACCUUGAUCAACAUCACCAAGAUCCAGCUCAAUAUUAUGAGACUGUCUACCGUCCUAAAUACAGAGGUGGCUAAAAACAUCGCAUCCAUCAAGGAGAACGAGCUGCAGCUGUCUGUUGUUUCUGACCUGCCGCUUAUGUUUGGCAUUUUUGUCAUAGCCAACCUCAACAAUCUGAAAUUCGGUAUAUCUCUGAACAACAUUGUCAAGAAGGCUAACGAGAUCUUUGAGAUGCUGCGGUUCAUGGAAUCACGCAACCGUGCAAAAUGGCUCAAAGAAUUUUUGGCUAGCAGUGGAGCUGAUAAGGUUGAGUUUCUGCACUUGGACGAGGAGGCCCGCGAGCGUUUUAUCAACGAAAACAUGCUCUCGUAUAAACUUGAGCAGGUGGAUGCUAUUCGUUCGAAAAAAUCUCCUUCACCAGUCGACCACCCUGCAAGUCCUGUAAGCGGCCAAGAAAAACAUUAUCUGACCUCGAUUAACAGGCUGCUGCAUAACAUCAAUGGUUUCCCGGCACCGCGUCCAACGGCGACAGAAUUGCCGAAACAGAGGGAAACCAACAUUAUGACGAACCUGGCCAGAAAUAUCUCAGUCAAAAGCAUUGUGUCGUAUAUCAACACUCUCAGGAAAGAAGGCAUUGAUCUCAAUAUUGUGAACAGGUUGGAAGAGUGUCUCAAGGAUUUUGGUAUCACGUAUGGUGCGAUCGAGAGAAAAGCCAUUGAAACCGAAGACGGCGAGGAGAUCGUUGUGAAAGGAAAGAACGCCGGAGACUUGGGCACGUUUGACGUUAACGAUGUGAACUACAUGCGUUUAUUCAAGAAAUUCAUCAAGAGUUUUGAGUCUGAAGGAAUUGUGAUCAACAUAAAUGUGAACCAGCAGGAUUCUGUGUCCAACGAUGAGCUGAUUAAGGGCUACGAACGCAGAAUCAGAAAGCUCGAGAAUGUUUUGCAUACCCGGAAUUUCCAGCAGUUUAACGAGCAAUGGUCUCGUCACAGGCCAGUGCAUACGCUCCCAAAUCCUGUGAGCAGGCGCCAAUCGGAUAUGAGCCAAGAGCCUGCUGUGCAUGAGAAUACUAUAUUGUUCAACGAGAACGUUGUUUUGGGACGCAAGACAAUCGAUCUGCCUCCGAGCCAUUACGGAGAGCGGAUCGAGCGUCUUGAGAAAGAGAACGAGAGGUACAGAGGCGAGAUUGAGGAGCUUAAGAAAGGAACUGAUCUUGCAGAGCUCGAUCGAUUAAAAAAAGAGAUUGAGGAUCUGCAGAAGGCCGAUAUGGAGAAAGACAAGCGGUUGGCAGCCUUGGAAGAGGAGAACAAGAAUUUGAAAGAGUCGAACGAAGAGCUCACGAAUUCGAACAAGGAACUGGUCAACAUGUGCGAGGAGCUGAAGAGCAUGAAGUCCGACCUUUUGGAAAACAUGACGCAGAAAGAAAGCGAGUUUGGUAAGGAGGCCAAAGUAAACCAGCAGGAAAUUAAUGAGCUGAAAUUGAGGAUCGAAGAGCUGGAAGAAGAUGAGUCUAACCUUGUCAAUGUUAACAAGACGCUAAAUGAAAGACUGGCAAUCAAAGACGGACUUCUUUGCCAGUUGUAUGAGCUUGUGCAAGGAGCAUACGGCAAGCUGAACCAAAUGAGCGGCGAGAUUUUCAGCAACCUGACAAGGGUAUGUCUUUUGCUGGAGUCUAUAGGACUGUUGUUAAUCCGCGAGACGCCCUCGUUCGACAACCAUCCUGGAACGCUGACCAUCAAGCGUGUGAAGGGCCUACGCAGUCGCAAAAGACAAAUCAAGCAGGCUAGCGACUCGACGCACAACGGUAAUUUGCAAAACGACACGUUCGAGGACUCUGAGCAUAUCGAUAACGCGCUGAUGGAGGUUGUGUCGAGCGAGGUUGUGCCGGAAGCAGAGCAGUAUCUCCAUUGGGUUGACACGAACGUGCUGAACUACACGAUUUCGUCGGAUCUGGGCAUCGAGGACGAGAUUGAGCACAAGAAAAACGAGAGCUCGCUAAUUGACAUGAGUCUGUGCGAGGAGAGCUCGAUCGAGAAGAAGGUGAAGAAGCUGCUGGCCAAUUACGAGAGCUUCAACGUGGAGCAAGGGUUCCAGAACUUUUUGCGGUUCAACCAUGUUGACAACGAGCUUGUGAUUGAACGGGUGUUCCGGCGGUUCAGCGACGUGGAAACGCUGGCGAGAAAGUUGCAAAAAGACAAGACACAGCAGAAACAGGAGCUCAAGAUGCUCACUGCCGAGCUGGACGGCAAGAUUGCGUUCCGGAACUUCAAAGUUGGCGAUUUGGUUCUAUUUCUCAAGACGCUUACUCCGGCCAACGAGGAGCUCGGCGGCGGCGACGAGCAGCCUUGGGCCGCGUUCAACGUGGGGUGUCCGAACUAUUACCUCAAGAACACCAAGGGCGAGGGCUACAUUGAACUGAGCGACCGGGAUUGGCUGGUGGGGCGGGUGUCGAAAAUUGAGCCACGCCAGGUCACCGAGCAGAACUUCCACAGCAAGACGGAAAACCCGUUCCGGCUGGCCAAGUCGGUGGUGUGGUAUUAUGUUGAGGCACGUGAGGUGAAGGAAUGACGAGCUUACGAAUUACGAAUUUGGGGGGGGGCAUGGCUAGUUGCGGCGAGCAACGGAUAUGUACGGUUAUUAACGGGAAAAGGUUUUCAAC